CAAGGUUUGUCCUUAACCUUCAAAUACAGCGAGAUAUCUUGUAGGAGAGAAGAAAAUGUCAGACGACAACGAUCCCUCCUUCGCAAAAGUUGCAAUGGGUGUAUUCAAGAUUAUUGAUGCCCCAGUGACGCUUUUCAGAGAGAAGUUUGUGAUUCCCAACCAAGAGAAGAGCACGCACAAAUGGUACCACAGACGAUUCCGCCGUGUUCCCUCAUUUGAUGAGUGUGAUGUUGAUGAUCCUAUCUGCAUGUAUGAAGCUGAGGAACAGUAUCGCCGAGACAAACUUGUUGACAACCAGAUACUGAAGAUCCUGAGACAGAGGAAGAUAGAGUGUUUGGCUUGGGAGGGCCCUGAUGCCUCCAGGAAGUGCAAGAAGGUGUCUGAGGACUAUGAAACUUCAGCCACCAACUGGUUCAUCAAAUAUGGGGAUAUUGGUGCCAGCGCAACAGGAAUUGAUACUUACAUGAAACAGAAGCAUCGACUGAUCUGGGAGAGACGGAAGGCAGAGAGAGAAGAAGCAUAAUCAAGUGACUAGGGUUUAGACAAUAUGAUAAUGGUAUUUCUAGAUGCUGAUCUCUGUCAGUAGUUACUACAUCCUCUCUGUCAUCAGCAAUCAUGUCGUAUACAGACUUGCUAUACCCCAGAAUAUGAACGUGUUUGGAAGAUGAAUGGUGUUAGUUGUUUUUCUUAUGUACAGAUGAAAUUUCCUUGAACACAAGUGCUUGAAAUUAAACUUUUGAAAUGAAA